AUGGAUAUCAACCUUAAAGAUCUGAUCUGUGAGAAUCUUCCCACAUCUACUACAAACACUACACCUCUCUCUGUAGGUACCACUACUGGUGCUUCAACCCAAUCAAGCAACAGCAACCUUGUGUCUUCUCCCGCUUCUUCUCUAUCUGUACCUGUCGACUCUACACCUGCUGAACACCUGGUGUCGUCUCCCCCUGUGUCUGUCGACUCUACACCUUCAGAACACCAAGCGUCUUCUCCCACGUUCUCUCCCCCUGUACCUGUCGACUCUACACCUUCAGAACACCAAGCGUCUUCUCCCACGUUCUCUCCCCCUGUACCUGUCGACUCUACACUUACUGAACACCUUGCGUCUUCUCCCACGUUCUCUCCCCCUGUACCUGUCGACUCUGCACUUACUGAACACCUUGCGUCUUCUCCCACGUUCUCUCCCCCUGUACCUGUCGACUCUACACUUACAGAACACCUUGCGUCUUCUCCCACGUUCUCUUCCCCUGUAUCUGUAGACUCUACAUUUACAGAACACAUGACGUCACCUUCCACCUCCUCUACACCACCAGAACGGAUAAAAUCUGUUCAUACUUUCUCGGCACCUGUUCUUGUCCAUUCGUCACCUUCAGAGGUACCUGAAUCUGACCCCGAUCCCUCCCUGUCUGUUCUCAUUGCCACCAUCACUGGUACAGCAACUGGUACUGUUCUCGUGUGCAGCAUCCUUCUAACAAUCUGUUGGAAGAGGUGGACCAGGAAUCGCUCUACUGUUGCCCCAGACCCUGCUGGUGUUGUGUACAACACUACAGACACCACACCUACUGUUACAACCGGUGGUCAUGACCAGAUGCAUCAUCACAAUGCUGAUGCCUGA